AUGAACAGCUUGGACUCGUGGCUCGCCGCAACCAUAGGCAACCCGGCCCGGCGCGCCGCCGUCCGCGCCUGCGUCGAUUCACUCGACGACUUCCGGGCGGUCGAGCUCGUCGACCUCGAAGAAACGAUCGGCCUCGCGCGGUGGCCCGUGAUCUCGCGGCGCCGCUUCGUCGAGGCCUGGAAGCGGCUGUGCGCCGAGCGCGCGCCGGUCGUCGCCGCGGCGACGACGACGUCGCGCGACGCCUCGACGCAGACGGACGCGUCGCCGCCGGCGGCCGCGGCGCCGGCCGCGCCGCAGCCGCCGGCCGCGACGCCGAGUGUCGGGGCGCCCAAGCAGCGCGGCCCGUCGCUUGGCCCGCGCGACGAGCUCGGCCGCUUCCCGUGCCCGGCCGGCUGCCCGCGGACCUUUGCUCACGCGCCGGCGGCGGUGCAGCACGGCAAGGCGUGCGCGGGCGGGACCCGGCCCCCGAGCAUCGGGACAAGUCUAAAGCGCGUCCCUCGCGCCGACUUCGAAGCGUGGCUGGCCGACCGCAAGACGCGCUGGCGCGCGGCGCGAGGCUACGUGCCGCCGCCGCCGCCGCCGCCGCCGCGGUCCGUCCCCAAAUGCCGCGCGCGGCCGCGGCCCCAGCGCGUGUUCGUCCCCGGCGAUCGCGUCAUAUCGCGCGCGAACGCGAGCCUGGGCACGGUCAUCACAGCUCGCGAGGGAGGCCUCCCGCGGGGCGACGGGGUCGUCGUGAGGCUCGACGGCCCCGAAGGCCUCGUGGUGAUCUUCCCACCCGACGUCGGCGGCGACCGGCUCGUCGGGCCCAUUGGCCGCGUGGCGAUGGCCGGCGCGCCUCCGGCGCCGGCCGCCGCUCCACUGACCGAUGCCGGCCGCGUGACGCCGCCGCCGUCAAGGAAAUUGCCCGAAGGGCCGCUGCCGCCGAAGAAGCGGCGCAAGCACCAGCCCGUUGAACCGCGGCCGCACCUCGGCUCGAUCACCAACGCGGCGCAUAGCCACGGCGCUGGACGAGGGCACGGUCUCUCACAUCCUCUCCUACUUGCGGACACUUGGCGCGGCGCCGGGCCGCGUGUACACACUCACCACGUCGGUUUCGCCGACGCCGCAGGACACGCUGUCGUUGAAAGCGGUGCUCGCGCCGUUCCGCUCGCGGGUAAUUAAGUGCCCGAGCGCCGCGCACCCAUCGCUGGAAGCAGCCGUCGCCGCGGCGCGGGAUCGCGACGUGGUGCUUUUGACCGAGUCCGUGCAACUGGAAGCGCCGAUUACCGCGCCGCUUUUCAACCUGAUCAUCGCCGCGGCGACACGGCGCCGCUACGGCGCCGCUAAGAAGGACGAACGCGAGACGAUUUGCCAGCCCGGGCAGCAGUACCAUCUCGAAGACGUGACGGGGCCGCCAUAUACACAAGUUUCGCCGCGCGGCGAGGUCUUGAACAUCCGCAUCAACGAUCGACACGAUGAUACGCCCCAGCCUCAAGCGGUCUUCUUCCGGGUUAGGACGACGACUCUCUUGGCGCUUGCAUUCAAUGAUUUCGCGAGAAGGAAGGGUGUGGAUGCGGCGUCAGUCGAGUUCCGCUUUGAUGGUGAGAGGAUCCGAGGCGACCAAACUGUGGCGGACGCCGGCCUGGCAGACGGGGCGCAGAUAAACGCCACGUGGACAGAUAACGAGGUCAUGGUCACCGUCAAUGCGGAGGCCUUCCCAAGGAAAGUGGAGGGCACAGUAGCCGUGCCCUUGCCCGCGAUCACAGCCUCGGGUUCGGCCGUGAAGCUCUCGCUGUACGGCAUCGCGUGGGUCGGUCACCGCGGCGGUGUUGUAAACACGCCCCCGGAACUCGCCGCAGACGACGGGAAUGGUCUGCAAGUCCACGAUGAGCACUCUCAAUCCGUGGUGUUUGCGGGCGUUCACGCGUUAGACGGUGCGACCGUGUACGUAGAGAAUUGCUGGUUCGCGGACCAGACCGUGGCGCUGAAAGUUACUGAUGGCGCCUGGCUCGCUGCGGUUGACGUGACCUUCAAUAGGAGCGUCUACGGUGUUUUGGUGGAGGGCGGCGGCACUGCUAGAACCGACGUUGGUGGUGAAUUAUUUCGCAAGGGCGGCGGCACCGUUUGUGGCGUUAUCAACUGCCUGUUCAACGGCGACCACUACCAUGCAAUUCAAGUGACGGACGGCGCGCGCGCCGAAGUGCGCUGGUGCCACAUGGAUAACUGCCUCAUCGCCGGCAUGGGGGUCGAUGGCCCCCACACUUUUCUGGCGGUCGACAUAGAAAAAGGGCCCUCGAGGACGACAUAUAUGUCGCGCGCGCGAACCGUUGCCGAGGGCGGCGAAUAUUGGCCCAUGCGCUUCGCGCUUCGUCAAGGCGGCACGAUCAGAGGCCUCGCCAGGGAAGCUCUCAAAUACGGGUGGAUGACCAAUGCACAUACGACCGCAGAGCCGGACAGCGAUUCGUCGUUCGAGGACCGCUUGAGGGCCCUCGCGGCCGACGAAACAUUCAAGGUCCAUUGCCCGGAGGACGGCGAGUUCGGCUGCAUGUUUCGCAAGGGGCCCGAGCACGAAGACGACGCCGGGCGCGGGAAGGCCGCUGGGGCUGAUCGUCCCGGCCCGUGCUACCUAG